AAGAAAACACUGCACCUUGUUUACAAUCAGAGGAAUUGUAAAUGACAUGAGGGUGAGUAAUUGAUGGCAUAAUUUUCAUUUUCGGGUGAACUAUCCCUUUAAAAGAAUUAGGUCAAAAAUUAAAGAGACCGACAAACAUCUUGGCAUUGUUUAUUUUUAAGUGUCAGCUGUCAGUCUGAAGUCUGGUGUAGAUGAUGAGGGAUGGUUUGUCAUGAGAGUGUUUCGUUCUCGCAGAUGUUCUGUUGGGCACCAAGACACAGAUCUGUUUUAUUUCCGAAGUCUGUAUUUAUGUGAAUAAAGAUCAGCUGAUCUGUCUCUCUCUCUAUCUCUCGAGCUCAUUAAUCACAAUCUGUCUGUGCACACAUGGAUCAUUUGUUUUGGGCAAUCACAAAGCCUCCUCUCUGACAUGAAUAUUCAAAGCCUCACAGUGUCUGAGCAUAGCUGAUUACCCGAUGCCACUGAGCCGAGAUGAUGGGAGACAAAUCAGGCUGCAGGUGAUGAAAAAAGAGGAGCAUGCAGUUAGAAGACAGUGAAAGUGGAAAGAAGAGACCUGUGUCUUGGUGGCCAGUGGCCGAUCUGUUGAAUGGCUUUGUGUGUGUCAUUCACUCGACUGAAAAUAAUGUGACUAGGGAUGGGGAUCACAGGAAAUAUAAUGGUUUUGGUUCCUUUAACUAUAUAAAAUGUACUAUAACAAUUCAGUAAGUGAAUUGUUCGGUGAGUUCAAACCCAUUAUAAACCCAUGAGUUGAAGACUGAUUUGAGAGUUGUUUUGGCUGAUUGAUUAAAAAUAGCUGAGUCAUUCACACCUACACUGGUUACAUUGUACUUGAUGUUUUUGAUGUUACAUGCAACCAGCAAGGACAAUGCAAUAUGAAUGUGUAGUCUAUUGUUGUUGUAUUAUUUUGUAUACACUCUUAAAAAUAAACAUUCUUUAUUGUUAUCUAUGGGGAAGAACCUUUGCCAUCCAUGAAACAAGUGGAAAAAAAGGUUCUUUUAAGAACUGUUCACUGAAGGUUCUUUGAGGAUCCCAAAAUUGUUCUUCUAUGGAAUCACUGCAAAAACUCUCUUUUGUAAUCUCUAUUUUUAAGAGCGUAGCUCAAAUUCAAUUUAGACUGCAACCUCACAACCAACUCUAGAUGGGAUCUUUUGACACUCAAGUAUUGUUAAUGGAACCAAAUAUCUUGAAAUUUUGCAGUGCAAAUACUUGAUUCCCAACCCUAGAUGUGACGCCCCUGAGAUAGUUUGGGGUAAAACAGUGAUUCAUGUCAGAUCAUUUUACUAAUGAGAUGUCUUCAUUGGGUUAUUUCCCCUCUCUUAAUUUCUUCAUCUGUCCUUCAUCUUCCUGUGCUCUCUCUUUUUUAUCUCAAUUUUGCUAUUGGUUCCCAAAUUUCUCUUCUGCUAUCCUCAUUUUUUUUUUCCUUUUGACCUUUUUGGUGUGCUUUCUCUCUGCCUGGACCUCUCUUUCUCUCUCAGGACGUGGAUAAGACACAGACAGAAAUCAUGCGUCAUCACACCAGUAUCAGCGAGCUCAAGCGGAGCUUCAUGGAGUCGGUGCCCGAGCCCAGGCCCAGCGAGUGGGACAAGCGUCUGUCCACCAACUCGCCCUUCCGGACCGCCAGCAUCAACGGCCAGCUGCAGCCCGACGUGAAGACGCCUCCUCUCCUACCCGUACACAGAGUAGCGGGGGGUAUAUCGGAGUCUUGUCCUGGAUCGCAGUCUUGUCCUCCUCCACUUUCAUCCAUAGCUCCAUCUCCACCUCGAUCCUCCUCCUCUCCACAAGCAGGAGUGUCUAGAAGCACCCAGAGAGGGGCGCGUUCUCUCGCCCCGCGGCCCUCCUCUGCUGAGGCCUAUUACAUCAUGUACCAGUCUCAGACCUGAACACACUAAACUGCCAUAUCACACACUCCUUUCAAUUCAAAAUGAAUUCCAAUUCAAAUUCUCUUAUUCUCUCAAAGUCUGUCUAAACAGCGUGCACUUGUAUUUAAAAUUCAGUGUCUGUUUUGUUACUCAAUAGAUUUCAGAAGCACAUGUCCAGCAUUGAACGUCUCUGUGUUAGCUCUAGACAUGGACUUUGUAAGGAAUAGGCCUGUCAAAAUGGCUGAAAAACUACAUUUGAAUU